UUCAGAUAGGGUUUAGGUAAACUAUUUUGCCAAAGGGAGGACCAUCCAUUUUCUACAGUGGACUGAUCUCGAAUAACCACCGGUGAAAGCAAAUCCCCAGGGUGGGUCUCUGCCAUAUUGCUUCCACUUCUCCAAUAUUUUGAAGAAUGAAUUAAGGAAAGGAGAGCUGAGGAGAGGAAAGCCCGCGUCUUCAAUUUAAAGGUCUUGAACCAGAAUGGCAGGGAGUGUCUUCCUGCUCCUAUUAGCUGGGACACUGCUCUGUGGGCUACUGUUCCACACAGUGAGCCAGAAUGAAGCUGGGGACAGGACCCGCAGCAGGAGACCCAACUUCAUCAUCAUUCUGGCAGAUGAUAUUGGAUGGGGAGACCUAGGAGCCAACCAGCAGGUGGGUCAGAGGUCAAGCCAAACCCCUCAUCUGGAUCUGAUGGCCCAGCAAGGAAUGAGGUUGACAGACUUCCACUCCCCAGCCUCCACCUGCUCCCCGUCCCGUGCUGCUCUCCUCACAGGCCGACACGGCCUGAGGAACGGGGUCACACAUAACUUCGCUGUGGGAUCCGUGGGGGGGCUACCCCUCUCUGAGACCACCCUGGCCGAGAUACUGCACCAGGGUGGAUACUACACAGCCAUGAUCGGUAAAUGGCAUCUAGGGCACAAUGGUCCGUAUAGUCCCACCAACAGAGGUUUCGACUACUACCUGGGGAUCCCAUACAGUAAUGAUAUGGGCUGUACAGACCUGCCUGGUUACGACCUGCCCUCCUGCCCUCCCUGUCCCCCCGGACCACAGAUACUACACAACAGAUUGAAGAGGAGUGGUUACAGCAGCUGUUACACCAAAGUGGCUCUGCCUCUGUUUGAGAACCGGACCAUUGUAGAGCAGCCUCUGGACCUGUGGAGGCUAACACAGCGAUACACAUCCACUGCACUCAAUGUCAUACACAUAGCCAGGGAACGGGGACAACCUUUUCUGCUCUAUGUAGCUCUGGCACACAUGCACGUCCCCCUGUCCCCCCCUUCCUACGCCCCCAACCCCUCAGAGGGCGGUGUGUACGCUGCCAGUCUGCGGGAGAUGGACGGUCUGGUGGGGGCAAUAAAGAAUGCCUCUGAUGCCUCAGACAAGGAGAACACUCUCAUCUGGUUCACUGGUGAUAAUGGCCCCUGGGAGCAAAAGUGCCAGUAUGCAGGAAGUGUGGGUCCUUUCCUGGGGAAGUGGCAGACCAGCAGAGGUGGGGGCUCUGCCAAGCGGACCACUUGGGAGGGGGGGCACAGGGUGCCCACAGUGUCCUACUGGCCUGGCAGAGUACCAGCCAACAGCACCAGCUCUGCCCUGCUCAGUGGUCUGGAUAUCUUCCCCACCCUCCUCUCCCUAGCUGGAGUGAACCCCCCAUCGGACAGACGCUAUGACGGUAUCGACGCCACAGACGUCCUCCUACACGGCAAAGAAACAGGAAAUGAGUUCCUCUUCCACCCCAACAGUGGCGCUGCAGGGAAGUAUGGGGACCUGCAGACCGUCAGACUGGGGCGCCACAAGGCCUUCUACAUCACGGGUGCGGCUGAGGCGUGUGGGGGGUCUACAGGGAGGCAGGAGCUCCACGACCCCCCUAUGAUAUUUGACCUGUCUGUCGACAAGGGCGAGGAGAGACCCCUGGACCCCACCACGGAGGAGUACAAGGAGGUGGAUGAGAGGGUGAGGAGGUGGAGGGAGGCGCUGCUCUAUGACAUUGCCACUGACCAAUCAGUGUCCACGGCCGACUACGCCACAGACCAAUCAGCAGCCCCCUGCUGUGACCCCCGGCACACAGCCUGCCGCUGCCACACCCUGGGCUGAGGACACACACAUUCAGUUACACACAGUUUGACAUUCACAGAAAAAAAGACCGACUGAUACGCAGACACACACACACUUUAGUUUUAGUCCAAUAAUUGUUUGCUCUUGGAGGUAUGUGCGUGCCCAUGGGAAUGUAGAAAUCACUGACCUGUAGCCUACAUCUGUGUUCAUGUAAACAGAGUGAAGAAGAAAAGCAAAUAGUAGAACUAGCAUCUGCCUGUUGUGAGGAGGCCGGACUGUGGGUCAUUCUCCUGGAGGUCAGUACCGGGGACUGACUGAGACACAUUGCUCACUGCUGCUCUGA